AUGACCGUCUCGGCCCUCCCCACCACCUUUGACCGGCCCGUCCACAUCGCCGUUAUCGGCGGAACCGGCCUCUCCCAAAUCCCAGGCUUCGUCCCCAUCGCCUCCGUAACCCCCACUACCCCCUGGGGCGCCCCCUCCUCCCCCAUCCUCAUCAUCGAGCACUCGGGCGUCCCCAUCGCCUUCCUCGCCCGCCACGGCGCCCACCACCAAAUCGCCCCCCACGAGGUCCCCGCCCGUGCCAACAUCGCCGCCCUCCGCUCCCUCGGCGUCCGCUCCAUCAUCGCCUUCUCCGCCGUCGGCUCCCUCCAAGAGCACAUCAAGCCCAUGGAUUUUGUCGUCCCCGACCAAAUCAUCGACCGCACCAAGGGCAUCCGUCCCUUUACCUUUUUCGAAGGCGGCGUAGUCGGCCACGUCGGCUUCGCCGACCCCUUCGACGCGAAGCUCUCGGCAAUCGUCCAGAAGUGCGCCGCGGCCAUGAAGGGCGACGGGGUGGUUCUCCACAAGGAGGGGACGGUCGUCUGCAUGGAGGGCCCCCAGUUCAGCACCAGGGCCGAGAGCAACAUGUACCGCUCCUGGGGCGGUUCCGUCAUCAACAUGAGCGCGCUUCCCGAGGCCAAGCUCGCGAGGGAGGCCGAGCUGGCCUAUCAGAUGAUCUGCAUGGCUACUGAUUACGACUGCUGGAGGAACACCGAGGGGGAGGAUGUGGAUGUGGCCAUGGUGAUGAAGUAUAUGGCCGCCAACAGCGAGAACGCCAAGCAUCUUGUUGGUGCGGUGCUGGAUGAGCUGUGCAAGCAGGAGAAUAGCGCUUUGGUGCUGGCGAAGCACUGGGAGGGGAGCGCGCAGGGGGCGGUCAAGUUUAUGACCAAGCCUGAGGGGAGGGAUUCCGAGGCGAUGAAGAGGGUCGAAUUUUUGUUUCCGGGUUUUUGGGAGAAUUAA